AUGAGGCUCAUGGACUUCCUGCUGGGCACAACGGCCCUGGCCGGCGCUGCCCAUGCAGCAGACCUGCUCUUCUAUCAGGGCAUGACUUUUGCCGAAUACAGACAAGCACUGGCCCUCAACUACACGGUACAUGUUGCCUCCAAGGCCGAGUGGUACGCCAUGACGACGGCCGACUUUGCCCAGUACAAGGCCAUUGUGGUGCCCGACGCCGACUGCGGCAGCCUCGACCAGAUCCAAUUUCUGAGCGACACCAAGGCGGCCUGGGGCCCCGCCGUUGUGGGCAACGUCAUUGUCAUGGGCACCGACACGACAUACCACGCGUCGACGCGCCCGGGCGCCGUGGCUCUCAUGAACGACGGCAUCCGGUUUGCGGCCAGUGGUGGGACGGAGGACCAGACGACGCAUCGCCCUCACCCGGCGACGGGCCUCUACUUCUCGCUCUCCUGCUACUACGACGACCAGCCGUUUUCGACCGUCGACGCGCUGACGCCCUUGGGCACGUUUGUCGCGCAGGGCCGGCUGAGCUGCUUCGACGAGGCGCGCAUCGUGGCCACGCCGCAGACAUCCGACCGACGAGCGGCGGCCAACCCGGAGGCGGCCAACAGCAACAGCGCGCCGCAGCUGCAGCUCAUCUCGGACGGCAACCUCAGCAACUGGUCCUGCAGUGCCCACGCGCUGAUCCCGCGCUACCCUGCGGGCGGUGCCAAUGGGUUUGUCCCGCUGGCCGUGCUGGAAGAUGCAGCGGCUGCCCCGGGCGCCGUGGGCAUCCACUCGUUUGCCGGGGGUGUCCGCGGCGUGCCGUACAUUGUGGCGCGCGGCGUGACGCCGCUGGGUUGCGGCGAUGGCGUGGUGUCGCGCGGCAGCGGCGAGCAGUGCGACGAGGGCACGGCCCAAAACGAAAUGUGCGGCCAAGCCGGCCGUGUCGGCGUCGGCGUCGGCGUCCCAGUCGGUCCCUCUCAGUGUGCCGAUCGAGACGACCACCACGACCACGACCACGACCACCACGACGGCCGUUUCAAUAGCCACCACGACCACGACGCGGCUGUCUUUCUCACGAAGCGAGAGCGCGUCCAUUCCGCUGUCUACGGCAUCGUUGACGUCCUCGUUUACGUCCUCGUUUACGUCCUCUGUACUGUCAUCGAGCGCGCCGUACGGCAACUCGAGCUCGGCUCCUCCUCCAUCGUCGUCUCUUUCUCUGUCGACGGCUCCUAUGUCGUCGACACUACCGGCGUCCUCGUCGCUUUCCUCCGUUCCUUACAACACGUCGUCAAGUGUCUCCUCCUCGUCGCCUUCGUCGUCGUCGACCCCGUCAACAUCAUUCUCGUCGUCGCCGUCUUCGUCGUUUCUUUCCGCAAACAGCUCCCGCUCCUAUCCCGCGUCGUCCUCCAGCCUGACGCCGAUCUCGUCAACGACGUCGCCGUCCAGCACUUCGACGUCCCGUUCCACCUACAGUUCUGCAGUGUACAACUCGUCAGCGUCCUCUGUCGCGUCCUCGGUUACACCUUCUUCGUCCAGCUACAGUUCAGCGUCUUCAAUUCCUCGACUUCGUCGACUGGUCCCGUUUCGUCCAGCUACAGCUCGACGGUGUACAACUCGACGACGUCGUCAAGCCGUCUUCCACUGUCCUCCAGUUACAGCUCCGCUGUGUACAACGCCUCGACGUCGUCGGCUCCUGUUUCUCCGUCCCGCAGCUCGGCCAGCUACACCUCGUCGACCGGUCCUGCUUCUUCUAGGUACAGCUCAGCCGUGUACAAUUCGUCUGCCUCGUUGACCUCGCAUUUCACAUAUUCCAGCCACAGCUCCUACAGCUCAGCCAUCUACAAUUCGUCAACAUCAUCGGCGGGCGUCGUCUCUUCCAGUUACAGCUCCGCUGUCUACAACACGUCGACAUCGUCGUCCGCCCCAACCGUCUCGUCGAGCUACAGCUCUGCCGUUUACAAUUCCUCCACAUCGAUAUCCUCGGUUGUCCCCACGUCCUCCAGCUAUAGCUCUGUCAUAACCAACACGUCAACUUCGUUGGCUUCUCCCACAACCUCCAGUUAUAGCUCGGCGGUCUACAAUUCCUCCUCUUCGUCCGUGCAUGUGCCUUCGUCAAGCUAUUCAUCGGGAUACAACACAUCGACGUCCUCAGUGUCGCCUGUUUCGUCUAGCUCUAUUUCUAGCUUCACUUCUACAUCGGUGGCUUCGUCAAGCAUUUCCAACAGUUACAAUACCUCGACGUACUCGUCCCCGCACAGCUCGACCUCAUCGUCUUCCUCCGUUGCACCGUCAAGCUCCUUCUCGUCUGUCUACAACUCAUCGACCUACUCGGUCUCGCCCGUGUCGUCCACCUCCGCCUCGAGCUACAGCCUGAAUAGCACGUCGUUGUCGACACUGUCCUCGUCGUCGAGCUUCCCGUCAUCUUCUAGCCUAAACAACUCCAGCUCGUCAGUUCCCUACUCGUCGAACAUCUACUCGUCGAGUGCAUUGCCCUCGUCCAGCCUAAACAGCUCAACAACUAGGUCGUCCCUGUCGACGCGGUCCAGCAUCUCUUCGGUGACCUCCGUCUCCAGCACGGCAUCAAGCAACCUAUCAACAACCUACAGCAAUAGUGCUACCACUGCUCCUCCUUCAUCGUUGUCGUCGCGUGAGCCCUCAUCCUCACCCAUUACCUCCUCCUCGUCGACAACAACAGACCGCUGCGGCCAGUACAUUGGCGUCGAAAUUGUCGUUAUCAUUGACAUUGUCGAGAUCUGCCCCAGAGGCUCGACCUACACAAUCACGUCCACCACCACCAUAGAAACGGUCACCAAAUCCAUCUGCAACACCACAGCAUCCUCGGUGUCGACCAUCAACUGCUAUGGCUGCCAGCCUAGCAACUCUACUCGUCCCGGCAAGCCGGGCGUACCCGGCGCACCUGGCGUCCCCAAUGUGCCUGAUGUGCCGGGCUACCAAAACCCGCCGUCCGUCGAGACAACAUUGACCACGACGUCGACGUCGUCCAUGACACGCGUCCUGAAUACCGCUGCUGUAGCGACCGAUGGAGUCCGCCGCACUUCACCCAAGCACCCCGAGGGCUACAUGGUCCGUGUCCUGGGUACGUACUUUGGGCGCUCUGUCAACCAGAACGGCGAGCGUACCUCGAAUACGGCGCAGGAAGAGGAGGAAGCGGAGGAAAAUGCAGGGACGGAGGGGCACAGCCACGAAAAUACGAGGCCAGCAGUGUCGGUCACGCCCGUGCUUCCCACCCACCACACUACGGUCACCCGCGCCUCGCAGCACCUCGAGACUCUGCCGGCGUCGAUUGCCAUCCAGAAGCGCGAGGGCAGUGGCGAUGGCGGCAACGGGGGCAGGGACCCAGGGGACGCUCUGAGAGACACUGCCUCUGAGACUCCGGGUGCUCUUCGCGUUGGUUUUGAGGACGACGCCAAGAGAGCGUUGGGAACGACUGCGGAGCGGAGCGAAAAGGUGUCGGACCUGGACUCUGCUCUGUCGGCUGCUGCUUCUCCUGUUGUUCCUGUUGUUCCUGCGGUUCCUGCGGUUCCUGCUGCUCCCGCCCUCCCCAACAAAAAGCGCAGUGCCGAGCCGAAUGUCGACAACCAGGAAACGCUGGUCGCAGACGGCAAGGGCGAGAACCCGGCCAAUUUGCCCCGUCCGCCGUCCUCGCUACCAGCUAGUUUUGCCAAUUUUGAGCUAACAAGUGCAGCCCAUAGCAGCGGCACCAGCCGCAGCCGUGGCAGCUUCAUCGGCGCAACCUCCAAGGCAGCCCUACGCGCAGCUGCCUUGGUCUGUGUUGCUGCUGUGGCUGUUAUUUAA